GCUUCCUGGUCUUGCUGAGACCCUACAGCAUCCAAUGCGCCCUCUUCCUCUUGUUGCUUCUGCUAGGCACCAUCGCCACCAUCGUCUUCUUCUGCUGCUGGCACCGCAAGCUCCAGAAAGGGAGGCAUCCGAUGAAAUCGGUCUUUUCGGGUCGUUCCAGGAGCAGAGAUGCUGUUAUGAGAUCUCACCACUUUCGUUCUGAGGGAUUCAGAGCAAGCCCCCGGCAUAUUCGAAGGCGAGCUGCAGCGGCCGCGGCCGCCCGUCUGGAGGAAGCCAAGACUGUGGUGGAAGCUCAUCAUCCGAGUGAGCAAGACAGCUCAGCGAGGAAGCGGAGAAUCAAGAAAAACAGCCGCGUCCAGCCGGAAUUCUACCACUCCGUCCAAGGCGCUGCGACCAGAAGGCCUAGUUCCGGGAACGCGUCCUACCGCUGCUCUAUGUCUUCCUCUGCGGAUUUUUCCGAUGAGGAUGAUUUCAGCCAGAAAUCUGGCUCUGCAUCUCCAGCUCCCGGAGACACCUUACCCUGGAAUUUGCCUAAACAUGAGAGAUCGAAAAGGAAGAUUCACGGGGGCUCGGUGCUGGACCCCGCCGAGCGGGCCGUGCUUAGGAUAGCAGAUGAACGGGACAAAGUUCAAAAGAAAACGUUUACAAAAUGGAUAAAUCAGCAUCUCAUGAAGGUCCGAAAGCACGUGAAUGAUCUCUAUGAAGACUUAAGGGAUGGACACAACUUGAUCUCUCUUUUAGAGGUUCUUUCGGGAGACACCCUGCCAAGGGAGCGAGAUUUUUUGAAGACCUUACGAUUGGUGAGUGCAACAGAAGCAUGCGAAUAUGAACAGCAUGAGGAUGUGGAGGAUGAGGAUAAGGGGCCCAGAGAAAAAGGUCGGAUGCGUUUUCACAGACUACAGAAUGUACAAAUUGCACUUGAUUAUUUGAAAAGACGCCAGGUGAAGUUAGUGAAUAUUAGAAAUGAUGACAUAACAGAUGGGAAUCCCAAGUUGACUUUGGGAUUAAUAUGGACAAUAAUUUUGCACUUUCAGAUAUCUGAUAUCCAUGUUACUGGAGAGUCAGAGGAUAUGUCUGCGAAAGAGAGAUUGCUGCUCUGGACACAGCAGGCAACAGAGGGUUAUGCUGGCAUACGGUGCGAAAAUUUCACUACCUGCUGGAGAGAUGGAAAACUGUUUAAUGCCAUCAUUCAUAAAUACAGGUAUGGAAUCU